CUUUUCCCCUUCUCUCACAGUUCCGUCUUCCUCCCCGUCUCCAAACCCUAGCCCCGCCGCAGAGCCACCCUCAAUCCGCCGCCGCGCCACCAUGUCUCACGAACAGUUGGUUCUCCGCGGCACCAUGCGCGCCCACACCGACCAGGUCACCGCCAUCGCCACACCGAUCGACAACUCGGACAUGAUCGUCACCUCCUCCCGUGACAAAUCCAUCAUCGUCUGGGAUCUUACCAAGGACGACAAGAACUACGGCGUCGCCCGCCGUCGCCUCACCGGCCACUCCCAUUUCGUCCAGGACGUCGUUCUCUCCUCCGACGGCCAGUUCGCCCUCUCCGGCUCCUGGGACGGCGAGCUCCGGCUCUGGGAUCUCGCGGCCGGAGUCUCCGCCCGCCGCUUCGUCGGCCACACCAAGGACGUGCUCUCGGUCGCCUUCUCGAUCGACAACCGCCAGAUCGUGUCCGCCUCGCGUGACAAGUCAAUCAAGCUGUGGAACACCCUCGGCGAGUGCAAGUACACCAUUCAGGACGGAGACGGCCACUCCGAUUGGGUGAGCUGCGUUCGAUUCAGCCCCAACACUCUGCAGCCCACCAUUGUUUCCGCAUCCUGGGAUCGUACCGUGAAGGUGUGGAAUUUGACCAACUGCAAGCUGAGGAACACACUGCCUGGCCAUGGUGGGUAUGUGAACACCGUUGCGGUUUCUCCUGAUGGGUCACUGUGCGCCAGUGGAGGGAAAGACGGCGUGAUUUUGCUCUGGGAUUUGGCUGAGGGUAAGAGGCUGUACAAUUUGGAUGCCGGCGCUGUGAUUCAUGCGCUCUGCUUCAGCCCCAACAGGUACUGGCUGUGUGCUGCUACUGAGAACAGCAUUAAAAUCUGGGAUUUGGAGAGCAAGUCGAUUGUGGAGGACUUGAAGGUCGACCUGAAGGCCGAGGCCGAGAAAUCCGAGGGUGCUGCACCCAACACUCUCAAGGUAAACAUCCAUUGCACGAGCUUGAACUGGAGUGCAGAUGGAAGUACCUUGUUCAGCGGAUACACCGAUGGUGUGAUCCGAGUGUGGGGCAUUGGUCGCUCAUGAGAGCUGAAGCUUUUGCUAGUCAUCAGAGCAUUAAAGGAGAGACCUUUCUGUUUUUGUUCGAUUGUAGGGAUGAAACGGUUAUUGGGGACUUGGUUUUAAGUUUUUUCUUUGUCAUAGAAGUGAAGAAUGCUUAAGGUUCUGUUGAAGUUGGAUAUUUUCGUUUAUAAUGAGCCCUAAGCUGUUAUGUCAUUUUGAUCACAUAUUUAGCAUGUUUUUUUAUUUUGGAUUGAUGUCCUGGUUUUGCAACAUCCUCUGCUUGGUGCUGAUAAAUAUGUUUCUGAAGUUGAUGCAAUGUGUCGUUGUUACUUUGUUCCUCUAGGAUGCAGUUUUAUGGGCGGAUUUUAUCCUCUUCUAUACAUUAACGGGUCGUUUGCUUCAUGGAUUUG